AAUACUGAGGGUACUUAAGAAUUACCGAGUACUUAAGGAUCGCUUUCAAGCUUUGAGGAGAAGGACAACAAAUGAGGUUGGAGGUGAAUCUCUGAAACAAUUCGAAACAAAGAUCGGUUAGGAAUUCGAACUAAGAAUAAUAUCAAGAAAUCAAAGAUUUCUAUCUCAACAGUAUUGCUAUUAUGUCAUUGGAGCCUCCCCCUUUCCAGGAAGCAGCGCGCUGCGACGUCUGCAAAUGCAGCUUCAACACUUUCCGGCGAAGGCAUCACUGCCGAUGUUGUGGGAGGACGUUGUGUCAUGAACAUUCAUCAGAUCAAUUGGCGUUACCGCAAUUUGGCAUUUACACGCCUGUUAGAGUUUGCGCUGAAUGUUUUAAUGACCGCUCUCGGUCUGGGAAAGAUGAUCCACAAGCUUCUUUAAAUGGGAUUGGUCGUGUAACAGAUAAAGUUUCUAAAUUAGACAUAGAUGCAGAUGUAGAUUUGAAGGAUGGACCAACUGCAGAGCAUCAAUCUGUGUCAGUCAUUCCAGAGUGCAAGUGUGGAAUGCCUCUAUGUAUUUGUGAAGCAGCCCCUUCCACUGAUGCACUUCCUCUUCAGAGAGAAAAUACUUCAACCUUCACUCAGACAAACCCAAAACCAAAGAAGCAGGACCCUAUUCCAAGAAAUAAAGGCACCACAUCUAAUAACAAGUUGAGUUCUGUUUUUAAUCUUGGUCAAGCAACCAGCGAUACUUUGAAUAAGCCUCAGAUGGAUUAUGAACCCAAUGGGGAGGGUUUAAGAGAAGCUAUAAAGAAUGGUGACACUGCUGCAGUCAAGAAACUUCUGAGUGAGGGUGUGGAUGCAAAUUACCACGAUAAGCAAGGAUUAUCUUUGCUACAUUUGGCAGCACUCUUUAAUCGAACUGAUAUAGUCUUCAUCCUCAUGGAAUCUGGAGCAAGCAUGGAUUACAAGAAUGCACAGGGAGAAACACCAUUGGAUUGUGCUCCUGCUACUUUGCAACACAAGAUGCGAAAGAAGCUGGAAGAAGGUGAGGCUCUGCAUGAGCACAUUCCAGAGUAGUAUAUUCAUUUUAUCUUUAAGCUGUGUUCAAGUUGUCUGUAACUCAAGAAAGCGUUUGAUAAACUACUCAAUGGUUUUGUACUAAAUAUACUGUAUGAAUGGUGGCAAUCAAGGCUACAAUUCAAGAAUGUUAAUAAGAUUUCCUUUCCACGGUGUUUGAUGUUUA